AGGCAGGUGGAGCUGCGGCUGAAGGGUUUCCUGAGCUGCACCAACUCCUGGGCGAAGCUGGACGACAUCAACAAGGUUUUCUGCUUCAACAAGACCCCGAUCACAGAGUACGUGCGGGCGCACUGGCGAGAGGACACGUUCUUCGGGUACCAGUUCCUGAACGGGGUCCACCCGAUGGUGAUCCGGCGCUGCACAGAGCUCCCCUGCAACUUCCCUGUCACACCGGCAAUGGUGGCCUCCUCCCUGGGGGAGAGCACCAGCCUGCAGGACGAGCUGGAGAAGGGGAACAUCUUCCUCGCUGACUAUAAAAUCCUGGAGGGCGUCCCGGCCAACACGAUCAACGGCUACCAGCAGUACAUCGCCGCGCCCCUCUGCCUGCUGCACCUGCAGCCCUCCGGGGAGCUCGUCCCCGUGGCCAUCCAGCUCAGCCAAUGCCCAGGCCCCGACAGCCCCAUCUUCCUGCCCAGCGAUUCCGAGUGGGACUGGAUCCUGGCCAAGACCUGGGUGCGCUACGCUGAGUUCCUGGUGCAUGAGGCCGUCAGCCACCUGCUGCUCACCCACCUGAUUGACGAGGCCUUCGCCCUGGCCACCCUGCGCCAGCUGCCCAUGUGCCACCCGCUCUUCAAGCUGCUGCUGCCCCACACCCGCUACACGCUGCACAUCAAUGUCCUGGCCAGGACCCUGCUACUCAGACGCGGAGGGAUCAUUGAAAAGGCCAUGGGCUCGGGGCUCGAGGGGACCAAGGUGCUGAUGGCCAAGGGCAUGUCCUGCCUGACCUACACCUCCCUCUGCUUCCCUGAUGACAUCCAAGAGCGCGGGGUUGACUGCAUCCCCAAUUACUACUACAGGGAUGAUGGGCUGAAGAUCUGGUCGGCCAUUGAAAGCUUCGUCUCCGGUAUCGUCAGACACCAUUACCACAGCGAUGCCCACGUCCUGGCCGACUGCGAGCUGCAGGCCUGGGCAGACGAGAUCUUUCGUGAAGGCUUCCUGGGGAACGAGGCAUCUGGCUUCCCCUCGUCCCUGCAGAGCAUCCCCGAGCUCAUCAAGUACCUGACCAUGUGGAUCUACUGCUGCUCGGCCCGGCACGCCGCCGUCAACAACGGACAGUAUGACCUUGGUGCCUGGAUGCCCAACUUCCCGUCCUCCAUGAGGAACCCCCCACCCCAGGCCAAGGGCACCACCUCCCUGGAGAGCUACCUGGACACCAUCCCGGAGGUCAACAGCACCAGCCACAUCAUCUUCACCCUUUGGGUCCUCUGCUGCGAGCCGGGAGACUCGAGAUCCCUGGGCACAUACUCCGAUGAGCACUUCACGGAGGAGGAGCCCAAGCGGCAGAUUGCAGCCUUCCAGGGGCGCCUGGCCCAGAUCUCCCAGGAGAUCCAAGAGAGGAACAAAUCCCUGCCCAUCCCCUACCGCUACCUGGAUCCCCACCAAAUUGAGAACAGCACAUCCAUCUGAGCCCGACCGGCGAGCCCCAGGGACGGGCCCCCUGCGGCUGCUGGCAACUCUGUCCCCGAG